AUGCAAAUUAAUAAAAAAUUAAAAGAUCAAUCGGUUGCAUGCUUAAUUUUAUUAAUUAAUUUUUGCUGCUACUUUUUUGAUACAAAUGCUUCUCUUCAAGUAAAUGAAAUUGAAAAUGAAACAAUUGGUGAUUUAUUUGAUGAGAAUGCAGUCUUCAAUAAAACUUUACUUAGGGAUAAAGCACACGAAAUGUUUAUGCACGGGUAUAGGAGUUACAUGGAGAAUGCAUUCCCUCACGAUGAGUUGAUGCCUUUGAGCUGCAAAGGAAGACAGCGUGGAGUGACACCGAGUAGAGGAGAUGUUGAUGAUGCACUUGGAAACUUCUCCCUAACACUUGUUGAUACACUUGAUACUCUUGUUGUUCUAGGCGAAUUUGAUGAAUUUGAAAGGGCAGUGAAAUUAGCAAUUGAACAAAUUAGUUUUGAUUCUGAUUUGACAGUUUCUGUUUUUGAAACAAAUAUUAGAAUGGUUGGUGGAUUGAUAUCAGCUCAUUUAAUGAGUUUAUUGGUUAAACAACGUGAAGAUAAACAAAGAAUGGAAUGGUAUUCAGAUCAACUUUUAAAGAUGGCCACAGAUUUAGCUGACCGUCUUUUACCUGCUUUCAAUUCAACAAGUGGAGUGCCUUAUUCUCGGGUAAAUUUAAAGAAGGGACUUUUGCCAAGUUUAAAACGCCAACAUGAUACUUGCACUGCCUGUGGUGGAACAAUGAUUUUAGAAUGGGCUGCAUUAAGCCGUCUCAGCGGUCGGCCAGUUUACGAAGAAAAGGCCAGAAAAGCAAUGGAUUUUCUUUGGGCACAGAGACAUCGUGGAAGUGAUUUGAUGGGAACUGUGCUAAAUGUUAAUUCAGGUGAUUGGGUUCGUCCUGAAUCAGGAAUUGGUGCAGGAAUUGAUUCAUAUUAUGAAUACACACUUAAAGCAUACAUAUUACUCGGUGACGACGACUAUCUAUAUCGAUUUAAUAAACAUUAUGAUGCAAUAAUGCGUCAUCUAAACAAAGGCCCUAUAUUUGUUGAUGUUCAAAUGCACAGACCACAAAUUGCUUCUCGCUCGUAUAUGGAUGCAUUAUUAGCGUUUUGGCCAGGAAUUCAGGUUUUGAAAGGAGAUUUACGUGGGGCUAUAGAAAUGCAUCAAAUGUUAUAUAAUGUUGUUAAGAAACACAAAUUUCUUCCUGAUGCAUUCACUCAUGAUUUACAGGUUCAUUGGGCCCAACAUCCUCUCCGCCCUGAAUUUAUUGAAAGUACAUAUUUUCUUUAUCGUGCAACAAAAGAUCCUCACUAUUUGGAAGUUGCAAAAGAAAUUAUGCAAAGUUUGGAACAGAAUGUCCGAGUACCUUGUGGGUUUGCUUCGGUAAAGGAUGUUAGGACAAUGGAACACGAAGACCAAAUGGAGUCAUUUGUGUUGGCAGAAACUUUCAAAUAUUUAUAUAUGAUAUUUUCUGAACCAAAUGAUUUACCUUUUCAUCCUGAUAAUUAUGUUCUUACAACAGAAGCACAUUUUUUACCUUUAUCCAUUGCUGAAAUGACAGGGACUGAUCCAAAUGAUAGGCUUCCUCGUCGAAUGCUAAUUGACCCAGAUGAGAUAGUUGAACAUCAUGAUUCUUCAAAAACAAAUAGUCAACAAUUUUUUGCAGUUUGUCCAACAACAUUAAUUCAAAGAGAAGAAAGGGAAGAAAAAUGUGAAAAGAAAGAAGGUGAACAAAAAGAAUCUGUAACUAAUAUUGAAGAAGAAGAAGAAGAGACAAAACUUCCAUUUUGGAGAAGAACGCCUGAUGGACUUGUUGAAUAUGGAGGGAAAUUGAGAGAAGAUGUUAAUCGAAUACUUGGAACAAUGGACAUAAUUUUGGAAGGAAUUAAAAAGUCUGUCGAUGAUGAAUUUUUGUCAAUUUUUGGAAAUGAAGAAAUACGUCUUCGUCCGACAACGUUUAAUCCAAUUGAUCCUACACAUGUGGAACAACUUACACGUAUGGGUAUUCGAAUGGAAUUUCAGCCUGAUGGACGUAUUCAGCUUAUUCAUACUUCUUCUCAGCGUUCCAUAACCAUCACCAGCGGCGCAGUUGUAGCAUUGGAUUCAUUAAUUUCUUUCUUCUCUACAAAACCGCCACAGAUAUAUUCACCCUUUUCAUUUUCUACAAUAUUUUCUUCUUUGUUAGAGAAUCAUAGUAGUACUUCUAAAGCUGAAUAUAUUCAUAUGGUUUUGAUUGGAUUUGUGCUCUGGGCUUCGGUUUUGAUUUGUGCCUUUACUUUAUCAAUUGGAGCAAUGCUUUUCUACAAACUUGUACCUCUGUUUUUGAAAUUUAUUUUGAGAAGGAUAGGUAUUAUAAGCAUAAACAGUGAAGAUAUUUUAAAUAAAACUCAAGCUGAAAAGAUGAAUUUAAAAAAUGAAGACAACAACAAAUCUAAAUAA